AUGAAGAUUGGAGAUCUGGCUAAAUCUGCCCACACACAAACGGAGACCAUUCGGUACUAUGAGCGCGAAGGCCUGUUACCUCAGGCAAACCGAAGCGCUGCGAACUAUCGCGUGUACGACGAAACUCACGUGAAGCGCCUGGCGUUUAUAAGGCACUGUCGCUCACUGGACAUGACUCUCGGCGAGAUUCAGGCGCUCUUGCAUUUCAAGGAUUCACCAAAGGAAGACUGCGGUGAGGUUAACGCUCUGCUAGACGAGCAUAUUGACCAUGUGGAUAUUCGCAUACGUGAACUAAGGACGCUGCAAAAGGAAUUGAAGGGCCUUCGCCUACAGUGUGCCAGCAAGACUACUGCAGAUGGAUGUGGCAUUCUUUCCGGCUUGGAGGAAGCUGCGGUGAAGCAAAACCAUAAACCUGCAACACAAAAAACACAUCCCUUGCAUGUUCAUGGAACACAUCAUUCGGUUGGAUCAACAGCCAAAAAGUAA